AUGACCGAUAUGAUCGGAUUUUUGGUCGUGAUCACGGGCUACAAAACUAUCGCUCACGCGCGACAGGGCAACUAUGCUGCGCAUCGGACUUGGGCACGCUUCCAUACCUAUGCCGGAUUCGCGAUCCCUGUGCAGAGAGCUUGUCAAGGUCUUCUCUUUGCCGUUGCCAUGCUCAUUCCUCUCUUACCCAAAUCAAUCCUCCAACGAUUCGACUAUCCCUCGAGCGAUGAAGCUAUCCACAAGGCGGAGCUCGGCUCCCAGGGCCUUGCAGUGCUCUUAGCUGGUAUCACCUCGGCAAUCAUUGUCUACCGCGACGUAUUUCGGAGACCUGCAAGACGUGAACACGCAAAGCCUGAACUCAACUGA